UUCUUAGGGUUUGAUUUCAUCGAGAUCCAUUUUCCAGGACGAUUGCAGAAUAGAAGUUUGUUCGGAUUCAGCGAUGGCUACUGCUGCCCUUCUCCGCUCCCUACGACGCCACGAUGUCGUCUCUGCUCCUCUUUUCGCUUUUAGAUUGCGGGCUGCCUUGGAAGAACCAUCAUUGGGAGCGAGUUUGUGUAGAGUCUUCAGCUCAGGACCUGUCAUAAAUGACACUAUCGGUACUGGUUUGGGUACUCAUAUCACAAGUGAUGCCAUUGGGGAAGGAAAGAGCCCAAAAGGUUUUGAGAAUGCAGCAGGAGCUCGGAUCACACCCUCUUUUGUAGGUUUCAGUGAUCGACGAGAGCUUCUAUUGGGUACGGCAUCUUUUGGAACCAGACGCCUGUUUACUACGAAACCCGAUACCCAGGAAGAGCAGCAUUCCCCUAAAAGACAGAGCUUGCGCCCCUUAUCUCCUCAUCUUCCUGUCUACCAGCCUCAGAUGAAUUCCAUGUUAUCGAUCUUCAACAGAAUCUCUGCGGUAUACCUGACUGGUGUUGUUCUAGCGGGCCACUUGGUUUACAUGAAAAUGGGCAUGGUUUGCCUUACCUACCCGAGUUUCUACCAAUUCCUUUUCCAUACAUCAAAGCUAAUUCCGUUCUUCAAAUCCCUCACCAUCAUAGCUGUGCUUUAUCAUGUUGUCCAUGGAAUUCAUUCACUGAUGACCCAUGCGAAACCUUUCCCCAAACUCUUCCGAUGAGCAUCACUGACUGGGGUAAGGACUGUUCCCGUUGUUGGAUUGGAUUAUGUUGGCUUUCAGACAUUUCUUCUCAUGUACCUGGUCGGUCUUUCGACGGGUUGAUGUAAUAAGAUGCAAAUGUACUCGUGCCCUUGUCUACUGAGGCCCUUUUGUUCAAAGCUUUUGUCACUUCGGCCUUCAUUUUUCCAAUAAAGUUUGUGCCUUUCUGUUA